CGGUCAGUGAUCAUUCCUGGAUAUGAAUUCUUACAGACCUCAUCAGACAGGAUGGGCACCUCAACACACUGAAGGUUAAAGUGGUUGAAGACUGCAAAAAGUGGCAGUUCCGCGGGAGGAUGGCCGGAUCAUUGGUGGGCGAGAAUGUGAGCUUCAUACUCGUCCUUACAUGGCCUCUCUCAACUACGGAUACCACUUCUGUGGAGGGGUGCUCAUCAACGAGCAGUGGGUGCUCUCUGUGGCCCACUGCUGGUACAACCCUUAUGCCAUGCAGAUCAUGCUGGGAGAACACAACCUCCUCGUGUUUGAGGGGACUGAGCAGGUCAUGAAAACAGACACCAUCAUUUGGCACCCCAGUUAUGACUACCAGACACUGGACUACGACAUCAUGCUGAUCAAACUGUACCACCCGGUGAAGGUGACAGAGGCAGUGGCCCCCAUCUCUCUGCCCACAGGGUGCCCCUAUGACGGCCUGCUCUGUUCUGUGUCAGGCUGGGGCAAGAUGUCCAAUGAGGAGGAAGCGGUCUUACCCACAAGUCUGCAGUGCUUGGACGUUCCAAUUCUGAGCGACGCCGAGUGUGAGAAGGCCUAUCCUGGAAUGAUUUCCAGGAGGAUGCUAUGUGCUGGAUACUUGGAUGGAGGCAAGGAUGCAUGCAAUGGAGAUUCAGGCAGUCCGCUCGUGUGUUUUGAUGAGGUGCACGGUCUGGUGUCAUGGGGACAGGGCUGUGCUUUGCCAAAUUACCCCGGGGUCUACGUCAAAGUGUGCGAGUUCCUGCCCUGGAUCCAAGAAACACUGGAAGCUUAUUCAUAAAUAAUAAAGAUGACAAUAUUAACAAUACAAUAGGUUUUCAUACAUGGUACUUAUGGGUCUGUUAAGAAAUAAGUGUCAGCAAAAAAAAAAAAAAAAUUACUUCAUAAAAUUUGACUUCAUCACCUGUCAGGUUUCAGCAGGUUUAUUGUGUUUUUAUAAAUAUGUGUUUGUAUAAAUAUGUAUGCAUUUAUAUUUGGAUGU